AGAACUACAGUUCCCAUGAUGCUUUGCCCUCGUGCUGAUGAUGUAUUUCCUGUGAGACAAGGAAGAGCUGAGCUUUACAGUUUACAUGCUGUUUACUGGAAGACGAAGGACAAAAUGGCGGAUGAGGACCUGAUUUCGGAAGAAUACCCUUCAGAGAUCCAUGACUAUCUUUUGGCAUUUGAAAAAUCUGUUGGUGGUGUUGAUGAAAUGUUGACCAAAAUGAUGUCCGUCCCUAAAUCUGAACUUCUUCAGAAACAAGAUCCAAUUGAACAAGCAAAAUUAGAUUUGGUAUCUGCAUACACCCUGAGCUCCAUGUUCUGGGCCUAUCUGGUCACUCAGGGAGUUAAUCCCAAGGAGCAUCCUGUGAAAGACGAGCUGGAAAGAAUACGAAAGUACAUGAACAAAGUGAAAGAAGUUACGGAUCGCAAGAAAGCUGCCAAACUUGACAAAGGGGCUGCACGGAGAUUUAUAAAACACGCUCUAAGUGAUCCUACCCCUGAGGAGGUCUCUUCAGCCAAGAAAAAGCACAAAUUCAAAAAAGAGAAAAAAUGAGUAUUUUGUGUUUUUAGAAGUUUCCCUUUUAUUGUAUAAACUUUUUUUUUUUUUUUUUUUGCUUUUGGAAUGAAAUGUAUUUUAUAGACUGAUUAAAAUGUAUUUCAGUUGUUAAAUCUGG